UCCAAUUGUUUUUCCCAACAAAUAUGCCUACAUAUGUAUAAGCAGUAGACCCAAUUUUUCUUGAGCUCCCUUUUUGCCUCUCUCUCUCUCUCUCUCUCUCUCUCUCUCUCUCUCUCUGAAGUGAUUGAAUUGAUUCGAUCAAGAUGAACGAUUUACUCUCGGAUUCAUUUGACCCAGAUGCAAGAAAUCAGCCUUCCAGAGAGCAAGAUAUCGAGAUGGGUACUCGAGUCACGAGGAGUGCAUCAGAUUUGGGAAUGGAUUCUUUCAAUAAACAGAUACAAGAUGUUGACAAACAAGUAGACAAGGUCUCCGAGUUACUUAAGAAAGUUAAGGAUGCGAAUGAGGAGUCAAAGGCCGUUACGAAAGCAUCUGCCAUGAAAGCAAUCAAAAAGCGCAUGGAGAAGGAUGUUGACGAAGUGGGAAAGAUUGCACGUAAUGUCAAAGCAAAACUGGAAGCAAUAAGCAAAGAUAACUUAGCCAAUCGGCAGAAGCCUGGCUGUGGAAAGGGAACAGCUGUUGAUCGAUCAAGAACGAAUUUGACAAAUGGUGUAACCAAAAAGUUCAGGGACCUAAUGAUGGAAUUUCAGACUCUGAGGCAAAGAAUCCAAGAUGAGUAUCGGGAGGUUGUGGAGAGAAGAGUCAUAACAGUCACGGGAACAAGACCUGAUGAAAAGACAAUUGACCACCUGAUAGAAACUGGAAACAGCGAACAAAUCUUUCAGACAGCUAUGCAAGAUAUGGGAAGAGGACAGGUGCUAAAUACCCUGGAAGAAAUUCAGGAGAGACACGAUGCGGUGAAGGAAUUAGAGAAAAAGCUUCUAGAUUUGUAUCAGGUUUAUCUUGAUAUGGCCGUAUUGGUUGAGGCUCAAGGAGAAAUAUUAGACAACAUUGAAAGCCAGGUUUCGAAUGCAGUUGAUCAUGUCCAAUCAGGUACAACUGCUCUUCAGACCGCAAAGAAACUUCAGAAGAAUUCUCGAAAAUGGAUGUGCAUUGCCAUUGUUAUUCUCUUAGUCAUAGUAGGAAUCAUAGUCGUCGGUGUCAUCCAACCUUGGAAGAGUGGAAAGGGUGCUUGAGUCUGUGGACUAGAAAUGGUCUUUAAGUUGGUUGUGAAAGCUUUUGACUUAGAGCCUUUGCAAACGUUUGCAUGUGCAUGCUUUACUCCUUGGUGUGUCUUUUCUUUACUUCUUUUCCUUUUCUUUUUAGUUUUUGGUGUAAAGGUCGUCUCACAAACAUGGUGAUUUCUUCGGGUUGAGGAGUUGGACCGUCUAAUAUAGUGUAAAAUUGACAGCAGGUUUUCACAUCAAAGGGUUUUGUUUUGAUAAGACAUUCUGGUUUACAAGUUGAAAUGAGAAUGUUGAGAUACAUGUGGUUA